AUGGAUCUAGGAACCGCUGCCGCCGUCGCAGCCGGAGCGGCCACCGCAGCCGCCUAUCUCGACGCCAAAUUCCAUCUGUCCAAGGACCUAGUGACGCUGCUGAACCUGCGGCGGGGGGCGAAGCGGUAUGCUGAGGCUGAGAAGCAAGGCCGCAUCAACCCCUGGUUCUUCUUCGAGAACGCCGCGCGCAGAAAUCCCGACACCGUCUGCAUCUGGUCGCGCGAAAAGUGCUACUCGUAUCGCGAUGCCUAUGUCCGCGCUGCUCAGUACGGGCACUACUUCCUCUCCCUCGGUGUCCAGCCCGGUCAGCUUGUUGCUUUCUAUCUGAUGAACAGCCCUGAGUUCCUCCUCGCUUGGCUCGGCCUGAUGAGCAUUGGCUGUGCGCCUGCUGCUAUCAAUUACAAUCUCGCUGGCGAUGCGCUUGUUCACUGUCUGAAGAUCAGCAGCGUGUCGUUCGUUCUGGCUGAUGAAGACCCCGACUGUCGCCAGCGCAUCGAGGACAGUCGGGCGGCCAUCGAGGAGCAGCUGGGCAUGAAGAUCAUCCUGCUGGAUUCCGCGCUGCAGGCCCAUCUCGAUACCUUCCCGACGUCUCCCCCAGACGAGAAAUACCGGUUGAAUGUCCCCGGCGAAUUCCCUGCCAUCCUGCUCUACACCUCCGGCACGACCGGCAUGCCGAAAGGCUGCCCGUUCACCAUGGCGCGGCUCUUCCAGACCGUCUUCGUGAGCAGAGGCGGCCCGCUCGACGGAAACCCGGACGAAGACCGCUGGUACAACUGCAUGCCUUUGUACCACGGCACGGGCGGCAUGCUGACGAUUGUCUGCUUGCUGACCGGCAUCCCUGUCGCCAUCGGCCGCAGGUUCAGCGUCCGCACUUUCUGGUCUGACAUCCGCGACUCCCAGGCUACCUGGUUCGUCUACGUCGGCGAGACGGUGCGCUACCUGCUCAACGCGCCGCCGUCGCCGCUUGACCGCGACCACCGCGUGCGCGGCAUCCGGGGCAACGGGCUGCGGCCGGAC